AUGUCAAUUACGACAAUUCCUUUACGUCGUAUUACAUUGUAUAAGAAUAAUUUGGGUUAUUUUGAACGAAUAAUUGUCGAUACCCAGGUACCAAUAGUUCUGCAUGUUACUAAAAAGCAUAAACAAUUAGUGAUUGAUACAUUAUGUACAACAGUUGAUUCAGUAGUAUUCGAUACGGAAGAACACGAUAAACAAGUUAUCGAAAGAAUAAUGGAACAUGUUUUUACGUUUAUAGAUUUUGCUUCGGCAACUUCAUUUGCUAAGUUUCUUAACACAUGUAUUGCAGCUGAAGUUGUAUUGUCUAUUAAAGAUGUUAGUAAAGAACAAUCUGGUAAGUUAAUUAUACUUGAUGAAAUACCAACAGUACUCAAUCCGAAUUCAACAAAAACAACAACACAAUAUUUACUUCAAAUUUUGACUACAAAUGGAUUUAUUCGUCAUUUCGCACUUGCUUUCAUCAAUGGUAUCAAAUUUGUUGACUCAUAUUUACAAGAACAACUAGAAAAAGUAUUAAUAAAAAUUUUAGAAAGUCAUAUGCCAUCAAAUAAAGUAUCUUACGAAUCUGUUCGUCUUCUAUUCAAAAUGGAUAAUUUAUUACGGAGUUCUUUAAUCAUAACUGCUACAAAUAUGUCAGAACAAUCAUCUUUACUCAAAGUAUUCUAUUUCUAUGCAACAAAAGCAUGGCGAUGUUUAUAUCGAUGCGAAAUUGAUUCAUCUAUAUCGAUGAAGGAUAAUUUCAAGGUUGAUUUAACUUUGUUUGGUUCAAUUAAUAAUCUGACAGAAGAAGAUUGGACUCAAGUAGACCUUGUAUUUGUUGCUAAUGAACUUGAAGUUUUCAAGAAUAAUAAGUCAACAAUAGUGGCUACUAGUUGUGAAAAAGCAAGAAGUUAUGAGAAAAAACUAUCUGGCAACAUGUUAAUUUCUAUUAGAACAUUAAAAGGCAAAACAAUUACAAUACAAGUCAAUGCAUCUGAUACUAUUGAAAUAUUGAAAACCAAAAUUCAAGAUAAAGAAGGUAUUCCUCCAGAUCAACAACGUAUCAUACAUGCUGGAAAAGAAUUAGUAGAUAAGAGAACAUUGAGUGAUUGUAAUAUUCAAAAAGAGUCUGUUCUAUGUUUGCUUAUUCGAUCACGAAGUAGUUCAGUUGCUCGUCAUGAUGAUUCAAUCCUUUCAAAAGAUGAAAAAACGACUAUCAAUGCGAAUUUCAAAACAGAUGAUGAUGUUGGAAAUUACGAAUCGAUCGAUUCUAGAGAAAUGAGUGGUCUUCAUGAGCAUGUUGUUUAUACAAUUAAUAGACCUGUUACUAUUCGAUCACAUGAAAGUGCUCCAGUAACAAUUAAUAGAUAG